GCUGGUGCAGUUGGAUAUGUUCUUCAGAAAUGUUAAGAUGCGAGUGUAUGUAAAAUCCAGUGGGGCGGAAGCUGCUGGCAUUUAUUUAUUUUUGACACCUCUACCUGGAGAAGGAGAGUGGACUGUUUUUCUUACUUUGCACGUAUUGCAGGAUUGAGUUUCAGCAUUGAGACGCGAGUGUGUGUUUUUUCCGGGUAGAGCUGAGUAGCUAACCUAAAGGGAGUGUUUUAAAGAGAAUAAGAACACUGUCCUCUCCAGUAUGAAUGAUUUGCUGAUUCCGCUGCUGACCCGCCCAGCGAGUGCAACAGCACACUGACGGACUGCUGCAGUGGGACACUAAACCGGGAUCUGUACAGUUCAAUGACGUUUGAAAAGCGAAUCCAGAGAUGGAUUACGAGAGGCCCAAUGUGGAAACCAUCAAGUGUGUGGUGGUUGGAGAUAAUGCUGUGGGGAAAACUCGUCUCAUCUGUGCACGGGCCUGCAAUGCCACCUUGACUCAGUACCAAGUACUCACAACUCAUGUACCUACGGUUUGGGCAAUUGAUCAGUAUCGUGUUUGCAGAGAGGUCCUUGAACGCUCACGUGACGUGGUUGAUGAAGUAAGUGUUUCUCUGCGGCUCUGGGAUACAUUUGGUGACCAUCACAAGGACAGGCGUUUUGCAUAUGGAAGAUCAGAUGUUGUACUUGUGUGCUUCUCAAUUGCAAAUCCUAAUUCUUUAAACCAUGUGAAGAUGAUGUGGUACCAAGAGAUUAAGCAGUUUUGUCCCAGAACCCCUGUCAUUUUGGUAGGUUGCCAGAGCGAUCUCCGUUAUGCUGACCUUGAUGCCGUGAAUCGAGCUCGUCGUCCUCUUGGAAGGCCAAUAAAACAAAGUGAAAUAUUGCCUCCUGAAAGAGGGCGACAUGUUGCCAGAGAUCUUGGAAUCCCAUACUACGAAUGUAGUGUGUUUGAUCAAUAUGGAAUCAAGGAUGUUUUCGACAAUGCAACCAGAGCUGCACUUGUUUCAAGAAGACAUCUCCAUUUCUGGAAGUCUUAUUUGAAAAAGGUGCAGAAGCCUGUUCUUCAAGCACCUUUUCUGCCUCCAAAAGCUCCUCCUCCAAUUAUUAAGGUACCUGAUUACUCUCCAAUUAGUGUAGACUCCAUUGGUCAUUUAUUGGACUACCCACUGUGUGCAGAUGUCAUGUUUAUACUGCAAGAUGAUAUUCAUGUUUUUGCUCAUAAGGUUUUUCUAACUACAUCAUCCUCCAAAUUUUAUGACCUGUUCUUAAUGAGUUGCAAAGAAUCCCAGUCCAGAGAAAAAAACAAAAGAAUAGAAAGAUGGAGUGGGGAUCAUCUUUUGAGCAGCUUCAGCCUUGACCUCGAUGAGGGUACUGUGGCUUCCCGAACUUCAAGCCUUACCCUGCAAACCUCCAAAAGUGAUGUGACAUUGAGAAUGGUUGGACUCGACAAGGAACCUACAGUGAAAGGGAAAUCAUUGUCAUCAUGGAGCAAAGCUUUUAUCAGUAUGCAUGAGGAGAUGACAGAAAAUCCCAUUACUCAUCAGAAAAGUAUAAUAACAGUGGUCAAAAUGGAUUACUCUAUUCAGCCUGAGCCCUUCACUGCUGUGCUCCGGUUCCUCUACACUGGACAACUGGAUGAAACUGGAAAUGAUCUCAUGAGGCUGGCACAAAUUGCUGAAGUUCUGGAGGUAUUUGAUUUGAGGAUGAUGCUGGAAAAUAUAAUGAAUAAAGAAGCUUUCAUGAACCAAGAGAUUACCAAAGCAUUUCAUGUCAGAAAAGCUAACAGAAUAAAGGAAUGUCUCUCAAAGGGAACAUUUUCUGAGGUGACUUUUAAACUGGAUGAUGGAAGCAUUUGUGCUCAUAAGCCAUUGUUGGUCUCGACCUGUGAGUGGAUGGCUGCUAUGUUUGGUGGAGCCUUUAUUGAAACAUCACAAUGUGAGGUUCGUAUUCCUAACACACGAAGGGUUUGCAUGCAGUCUGUCCUGGAAUACCUGUACACAGGGCAGCUAUCUACUGGUCUGGAUGUUGACCCUAUAGAGCUAAUUGCUUUGGCAAACAGACUGUGCCUUCCACAUUUAGUAGCAUUAACAGAAAAACAUGCAGUUGAAGAACUUAUCAAAUCAUCCAAUAACGGCACAGACAUAGACUGUGAUGUAGUUGCAUAUUUGGAGCUAGCGCAGUUCCAUAAUGCUCAUCAGUUGGCAUCUUGGUGCUUGCAUUACAUUUGCACUAACUACAACACUGUGUGCUCCAAGUAUCGCAAAGAAAUAAGGUCAAAAUCUCCAGAAAACCAGUUAUACAUUGCAAAGCAUCGCUGGCCUCCUGUGUGGUACCUAAAAGAAGAAGACCAUUAUCAGCGAUUAAAAAAGGAUUUAGAAAAUAAAGAUGAUGUCGCUCACAAACACUGUUCAAAGCACAAUCUUUGUUUCUGGACUCCAACGGCUACAGUUGCCUAAUUCAAGCCAUAUAGCCCAAGGACUUGAGUACCAGCAAGUGGGACUGCAUAUGCUCUAGUAUUUUUGUCUGGGACAACAUAACAUGCAGUAUUAUGGUCAAUGCUGUUACUACAUACAAGGGUUUAGUAAUGUUUGUUUCAACGUACAAGGACUCUGUGAAAGAGCUGACAAGAACAGAAAUUUAUUUAAUACAUUUCAUCAAAUGAAAAGAGCCUUUCUCUAUGUUUUCCUUGGCAUUAGAGACUAAUGCACUAUACUUUGUUGUUUGACUUCAUCUAAAUGACAAAAUAAUUAUGUCAGGUUUAAAUUAAUUUUAAAUUAAUCUUCAGCAUAGCAAGCUAAAUAAUUUAACUGCAAAAUCUACUUUGUAUAUUUUCAGCUACAAUAAAGUACCUAUGGUUUUAAUUUA